UCGAUCUGCUACGUAGCCAUCGUGCCUUCGGUUGAUUCCACCCUGGCCACUUUGACGUGAUACUAUUUGUGUGUCGGUUAAAUGAAACACCCGUUUGGGUUUACCCGCAGGUUUUAUUAAAGCAGAGCGGCCGCCAUUUAAGAACGACGAUGCCGUGAAGUUUACCUACACGAAGUUUGCGUAACAAUUCCCAUCGUCGCAGAUUCAGUUUUGGCGAGAUCUGGCGCUUGACCGUGUGGACUGCCAGCGUAAUAUUUCGGACAGGCCAUGAUGUACACAUUGCAGACUGCAUUGUGCAUUUCCCUCGUCGCUGGAUAUGCCAGAGCGGCCCUCAGUAUCAUUCCAGGAGCGACGUGGACUGCCACCAAUACAAAUGAACACAUCCAAGCCCAUGGCGCCGGCAUCAUUGAAGAAGACGGCAUCUACUACAUGAUCGGCGAGGAGAAGACCGAUGGCUCUGCAUUCCAAGCAGUUAACUGCUACUCAUCAAGCAACUUAGAGGAAUGGAUCUUCGUAGGAAACCUUCUUACGCGGACAGAGGAAGAUGGGGAUCUAGGUCCCAACCGCAUCGUCGAGAGACCCAAGGUUAUCAAGAACGACGACACGGGGAAGUACGUCAUGUGGAUGCACAUCGAUUCGAGCGAUUAUGGAGAUGCAAGAGUCGGCGUUGCGACCGGUGAUUCUGUUUGUGGACCGUAUGAAUACCGUGAGAGCUUCAGGCCAUUGGGAUUUCAGAGUCGGGAUAUUGGGUUGUUUAAGGAUGAGGAUGGGUCUGCUUAUCUUCUUAGUGAGGAUCGAGAGUAUGGCACCAGGAUUAUCAAACUUACGGAUGACUACCUUGAUGUUGAUGAAGUCACAUUUGGCUGGGAAUACUUCGCCGAGUCGCCUGCCCUGAUAAAACGCGGAGAUACAUACUACAUCUUUGGCUCACAUCUCACAGGCUGGGAUCCCAACGAUAAUGUCUACUCCACUGCAACCUCCCUCUCCGGCGCAUGGUCUGAGUGGACCGAAUUCGCACCCGUCGGCACAAACACUUAUGACAGCCAGGUCAACUACGUCCUGCCCCUCGGAAACGAUAAAGCCAUCUACAUGGGUGAUCGAUGGGUAUCAUCCAACCUAGCAGCGAGUACGUACAUCUGGCUUCCGCUAGAACUUGACGGCGCAACUGCAAGCCUGACUUGGUACGACGCCUGGAGCGUGGAUAUAGCUUCUGGCAGCUGGUCUGAACCAGCUGAUGUAUUGGAGUAUGAAGGCGAAGAUGGAGAACUCACCGGUGGUGCUCGGACCAUUGACUGCUCGCAGUGUAGUGGUGGUGUCGCGGCGGGCUAUAUUGGUGGAGAUGCAGACAGUGACAAUGACGGCAUUGUGGUCCUUGAAGCCGACGUUGACGCGCAGAGCGGGGACCCGGGCCGUGUGACGCUCAAUAUCAAGUACUUGAAUGGGGAUACGAAUCCUCGCCAUGCUGCGGUUUCGGUGAAUGGGGGUGAGGCUCAGACGGCUGCUUUUAUCUCUACGGCGCAUCACUCUGAUACUGCUGGUAGCAGUGCAGUGCAUGUUGAGCUGAACUCGGGGGUUAAUACCAUCCAGAUCUCUGGAACCGGUGGAUGGGGUCCGGAUAUUGAUCAGCUGGCUAUUCCGUUGUAA